AUGGAGUCUGUACACGAACCCUGUGAAUACACCAACAACACGGAGGAGAAGCAUGCUGCUCAUCAGCUCGAGACGCACGCUCCUGGUGAGACUGAUGGAGGGAGAGACGAGAAAAAGAAGAAGUGCUGGAGGUGGCCGUUUGGUCCUGGUGAGACCGAUGGAGGUAGAAAGGAGGCAGGAAAUCAGGAGAAACGUAACCUGGUUAAUAAUAAGACUGGGAAGAAGCUCACGCGCGCGGCGGCGGGAACAUCUCGCAGACAUGACAAGGGUUACAUUCUGAGGCGUUAUAAAAUUGGUCCCAAGCUGGGUGAAGGAGGAUUUGGCUUGGUGACCGCAGGGUCUCGCCGCAAGGAUGGACUUGAGGUUGCUGUGAAAUAUUCAUUGAAGUCACCAAACAUGCCAUUUAUCAGAUUGCCCGGUCAUCCCAAACGCCUGACCUGGGAGAUAGGCCUGACACUUAUGGCCAAUAAGAGCCCCAGCUCCCCUCAAAUCAUUAAACUGCUGGACUGGCAGGAAUACACUGGCCACUACAUCAUGGUCAUGGAGCGGCCCUUGCCUUCCAUGGACUUGCUUAGUUUCAUGGAGCUCCACGGAGGAACCCUCAACGAGGGCACGGCACAACAUGUUAUGCGGCAGGUUGUUCGUGCCGCUAACGUGUGCUUUGAUAACGGUGUCUUCCAUCGGGACAUCAAACCGGAAAACCUCCUGGUGAAUCAAGACACCAUGGAGGUGAAACUAAUUGACUUUGGUUGUGGUGCUCUCAUGAAAGAAGCAGCCUUCAAAGUCUUCUGCGGCACAAAAGAGUACUUUCCUCCAGAGUUCAAGCUCACUGGCAAAUACCAUGCCAAGCCGAUGACAGUGUGGUCCCUCGGGAUCUUGCUGUUUGAAAUGUUGUGCGGGGAUUUUCCCACAGCCAAGGACCUGUGCAUGACCGCUGCCAACAUCUGGACAAAUCCAGGCCUGUCACAAGAAUGCUGCAGAUUGAUUUGUGAUUGUCUGCAGUCUGAGCCAAAGAAGAGACUCGCUCUGGAGAUGAUGCAUCUCCAUGACUGGUUUAAGGUCAUGGAUUAA